AUGCAGCACCAACCCCACCCUACGCAUCGACGCCGCUACCUGCCACACCAUCCAUCCAUAUGCACACCUCAACCUCCCACGCGCACAACCAACAACCAGCUACGCUCCGAGGAGAUGACGAGGCUGCAGCAAGACCGGGAUGGUGAUGAUGCAACAUGCGUUAUGCAGGCGUGUUAG